UAAAAAUGGGAAGUAGUAAAUUAUAAUAAUUUUUGCAUAUUUGAGGUUAGAUCCUAAUUAGUUUGUUGACAGCAACCCGUAAAUGGGUUUAUUUAAUGAAAAUCUUAAGGCGAGAAUUCUGGUUCUAAGAUGCUAGAUAUUUCACUCAUCUCUGUCUAUGUUAAUGUUGCUUAUCAAGUCAAAUCAGUCUAAUUCUUACUCGACGUCUGCUUUCUGACCAAACUUUAUUAAAAUCAAUCUAGUCAUGAUACUUUAAAACUUAUUUUCGUGUAUGUACCUUUUUUUUAAAUUGAACUAACAGACAAAAUUGGUAUACGAGUUACACCGGAUUAAUAAGGGUUAAAUUUUGUCCCGUGUAGUCUAUCGUUAGAAGAAUUUGAAAAUAAAUGCAUAUAGGACAUCUCUCUUAAUAAAAAUACUAUCAUGACUUAACUUAUUUCUUUUUAGAUAUUCUGCCUUGAUUUUCACGGCUAAUUUCUUUUACUAAGCACUAGCAUUUAUUGUAUCUAAUCGCAAUACUAAGUAGAGUACCUACUAUGGAGGAUCGGGUAUCGAAAAUUUAAAUAAAUUAACAGUUUGAAUAUUAGGAAAUCAAGCGUUCUAUUUUUUUAUCAUAUUUUCCAACCCUAAUCGUAAGAAUCUAUAAAUAAAUUCAUAAAAGUAGUCGUAGUGACAACAUAUUUUCUAAAAUAAAAAAAUGUACCGUAAAAACUCUUUUUCAAUGAAGGUAAACUUUUGAGUGUUACUUAUGUAUUGUAAUAACAUUUUGGAUCCAACCUAGUUUUACGAUUUUUGUUUUAGUACAUAUUUAAGUAUUAAUUUUUACUUUUAAAAAAUUAUAAUUUCUUUUAGUAAAAAUCAUGAUAUAAAAUGUUCAAAUUACAUGAAAAAAAGAGCAAAGACCAUUUAUGUCACCUUUGUCAACAAAAUUGAUAGGUAGGGAUGGAUAUUUUCUCAAUAAGAGAUAUUGUAGUAAAAAUAAUUCUAUUCUUUUAAGUUUUUAAAUGAAUUACUAGUACCCACACUAAACAGUUCUUUAUAAAAUUAUUUCUGUAAACUUGUAUCUUCCAUUACGAUAAGUCGUUAUAAUAAAAUGACUUUGCAAAUGCCGGCUGUUAACUUUGAUUUAUUGAAGUCUAAAACCUAUAGAGAAGAAAAUCACUUUAUUAAAAAUGUUUGGAAGCAUAACUUACACGAGGAGUUUCAUCUUAUUAGACAGAUUGUACAGAAGUAUCAAUGGGUUGCAAUGGACACAGAGUUUCCAGGAGUAGUUGCUAGGCCGAUAGGUGAAUUUCGUUCUACUGCGGACUACCAAUAUCAACUUUUGAGAUGCAAUGUAGAUCUCCUGCGAAUAAUACAAUUAGGACUUACUUUUAUGGAUGAAAAUGGUAAAACGCCUCCAGGUUGCACUACAUGGCAAUUUAAUUUUAAAUUCAAUUUACAAUCUCUUAAAAACAGGGAAGAUAUGUAUGCUCAAGAUUCCAUUGAUCUGCUUCAAAAUUCUGGAUUACAAUUUAGAGAGCAUGAGGAACAUGGGAUAGAACCCAUUGAAUUUGCAGAACUAUUGAUUACCUCAGGAAUAGUAUUAAUGGAUAACAUAAAUUGGUUAAGUUUUCAUUCUGGGUAUGACUUUGGCUAUUUGCUAAAAUUGCUCACUGAUCAAAACUUACCCCAAGAGGAAAGUGACUUCUUUGAAAGUCUUAAACUAUAUUUUCCUACAGUUUAUGAUGUUAAAUACCUUAUGAAAUUAUGUAAAAACCUAAAAGGUGGAUUGCAAGAGGUAGCCGAUCAAUUGGAGUUGAGGAGGGUGGGACCACAACACCAGGCUGGUUCCGAUUCCCAUCUAACUGGGAUGGCAUUUUUCAAAAUAAAAGAGAUUUUCUUUGAUGGCAAGAUUGAGAGUACCAGUGGACACCUUUAUGGUUUAGGAGCACCAUCUUCCCCCAUCAAUAAUAUUGUUCAAGAAUGUGUUGAAAACGGAAGCUCACCUUAAUUAAAGAUGCUACAUGGUGCAACACCAUGAGUGUUCAAUUUAAACAUUUAUUAUAAUAAGUGUGGAUAUCUGUGAUUAUAUUAUGUACCUGAGAAGUGCAGGAAUUAAGUUCUUUUUUGACAUUUAAGGUUAAUUAUAUUAAGAAAGAAUUAAUAGUUUCCUUUCUUUAUUCUGUAGCGUUUAGUUAGUAACAAAUGUUUCUUUAAUGUUCAAGGGGGUGUGAUAAAUAAAAUUACUAUUAUGA